GCCCGUCCGGACGUCACCCCGUGUGAUGGAGCAGCCGGCUGAUGCCAUAUGACGUCGCACGGAAGUUCGCAGUCGCGUGGGAUCCGACUCCCAUUCAUCUGGAACGGGCCGAUGGGGAGCGGCGCGCUGCUGGUGGCCCUCAUUAGCGCGGCGAUUUGCCUACAAGCGGUCGCUUUCGACGGCCUCCCGCACACCAUUGACGCGGAGGAGGGGACAGAUGUCCGGAUCCCGUGUCCGCAGUUCCGGGAAAUACAGCACCCGCGUGGGAUCCGUCUCGUGCUCUGGUUCAGAGAAAAUGAGAACAAUCCUAUUACCAGUUUCGACGGUCGCGGUCGGUCACGGCCUGGCGAGCUGGCCGCGGGAGACCCUGACCUCCGGCUGACCCGUGUGACCCUGGGUCACAGCGGCCGGUACCGGUGUCGGGUAGACGCGGAGGAUGACCCGACGGAGGUCAGCUGGGUCCAGCUGACCGUGCACGAAACACCGGCCGUCCCGUCUCUGAAGAUCCUUGGACAGUAUCAUGACGAGCUCAACCCCACAGGAGAAAUGUCCACGGUGGAAUACGAAACAGCUCGACUUAUUUGUCAGCUGGCAAAUGGAGGAGGCCAGACCUGGAACAUCGCCUGGCUGAUACGCCGACCGGGAGAGAAGGAACAGCUUCUUUCAUCGGAAACGAGCAGGGACAACCCGUCUGAGCAGAAACUCGACUACAACGUCACUAGGAGCGAUGACAGCGCCGCCCUGGUGUGCAGGGCAGGAACUGCAGCGGGGGAGAGCGUCAGCGCCGAGGUGUCACUCCGAGUUUCCUACGGACCCGACUCUGUGACGCUGCGCUGUGAGCCGGACGCCGUCGCCGCCGGCAGUGAGGUCACGUGUGCCUGUCACGUGCUCCCCGGAUGGACGGGAUACAAAGUCACGUGGCUCUGGGGUGCGACAUUCGUCGCAGAUGAGCACCAGUCAACUGCGCUGACGUCACAUCACCUCCCCGAGAAGACGUCACAUCAGCUGACGAGGGUGACGUCACCGGACGAUGACGGACGUCAGGUGACAUGUUCGGUGACGAACCCCGUCAGCGGCCAGGAACGGCGAGCGAACUCCACCAUUGGCGUGCAGUACGCCCCAAAGGCGAUUCUCUCGGGGCCCUCGUCCGAGCUAGUGGAAGGCAACGACGCUCACUUUUCCUGCUUCGUUCGAGCUCAACCUUCAGCACAGUUUACCUUCUGGCUUCAUAACGACAGGCAGCUGGUGUCCAGCGAUCGCAUUGUGGCCGGACCGCAGCUUCUCAUCAUCAAGAACCUCACUCCUAACGAUACAGGACGGUACGCCUGCUUCGCCAACAACACCCUGGGGGCAGGGCUCAGCAACACUGUGAACCUCGAGCUAAAGUACGCUCCGGUCUGCCGGUCCGAGGCGGUACUGCGGCAGUUCGCGGCGCCCUCCCGCGUCACAUUUGUCAGCUGCAGGGUACGCGCUCAGCCGCGUCCUUCUCAGUUCCACUGGGAGCUGCAGCCGGCUAACGGAGGCCCAACGCGCACCCUCCUUCGGUCAGCGCACUCCGAUAAAGGUCACAGCAGCGUGUUACAGUGGACGCCCACGGCAGGAACCGACUAUGGCAGACUGCUGUGUCGGGCCACCAACUCGCUGGGUCGACAACUGGAGCCGUGUCGGGUCGACCUGGUGCCCCCGGAACGGCCGGAUCCCGUGCACAACUGCACCGUGUCACUGUCAGAGGCUGUCAUCAGCUGCACACCCGGACCUGACGGAGGAAUGGCCAACUGGUACACCCUCUGGCUGUACGGACCGAACGAACAACUAGUCGGAAACUGGACUGAAAAUCAGCCACACUUUAUCGUCCCUGUGAGUUCCCUGCCGCCCGGUCAGUACAGGGCAGAGGUCACAGCCGAGUCGCCGGCGGGUCGGAGCGAGACGACCAGCCUUCAGUUCCGUCCGCAGCCCAGCGUCGGCUCCCACACAGACGAGAGCGGCGAGUUCUCAGUGAACUCCUGGGUCCUGGGUGGCGCCAUCUUCGCGCUGCUGGCCGUCGUCGCACUAGUGAUUGUGUCCGUGCACGUCAGAUGUCACUGUACGCCGAUCAGCGACGUGGGCUCGUGCCGCAGCUCUCCCGAUCGGUCGGAGCUGCUCAGGCAGCGCUCCUGUGCGCCGCAGCAGCAGCCCAUCUACGCAGAAGUACAGCGGAGGCGCUCGCCUCAUCCGCCGCCCCCUCCGCCACGCCGACUGAGCUGCGACGAACCGGGACAGCCGCACUAUUCAGGACACAGGACCAGUCGCAGCCGCACCCCCCAGCCACCAGAGCGGGGGUACCGGGAGCGGAGCCGCACCCCUCAGCCGCCGGAGCACACAGCCAACGGACGGGAUCCGCUCCACAGGAGCAGCUCUCUUCUUCCGUCCCCCGUCCAGCGCGGACCCUCAGAGGACGCGUGUCUGAGCCACAGCAGCGCGGACGUGCGACACGAGGACCCCGAGUCUGCCGUCCAGGUCCACCUACAGCCGCCCACACCGGCGUCCACCGCAUCCACAACGUCCACCGUGGACGACCAGGCGGAGGUCCACACGCCCGAGGAGUCGGAGGAAGGGGCAGAGGACGCUUACCAAGACCUCCAAGACCCAGACACGGCCCCUGGAGGAGACGGAGACUGCAGACGAGCAAAGAUGAGGCCUUAG